AGGAUGUGUGACCAACCCCCAUUMGACCAACCAUAUGUGCUGUAUCCGCGAACAACGAGGCUGAACAUUGUGGAUAAAAAUAAAAACAAGGAGAAUGGGGAAGAAACAGAAAAAGUCAGGCGAUGACAGUGCCAAAGACGAUGGCAUCGACCUUGACGCCCUAGCAGCAGAAAUCGAAGGAGRGGGAGCCUCCAAGGAGCAAGGGAAAGGAAAGGCCAAGAAGAAGAAAGACAAAAAGAAAGACGAUUUUGAUGAAGACGACAUCCUGAAGGAGCUGGAGGAACUGUGUCUUGAAACCACAGGAGCUAAAGGCAGCAAGAAACCAGACGCCACAGACGAGCCGGAGAGUGCCGCCGAGCCCCCACCGCCCACCAAAGCGGAGAAGAAGAAGACGCGCAAGGGCAAGCGAGCCAGCCUGGAGGAUGACGACGGGGACGYCGAAGAGGUUUCGGGUACGGGUGACGUGGAAAACGAAGACAAGCAGAAGGACAAGAAGACGUCUGCUGCCCCCGCUGCUGCUGCUGCUGGCUCAGACUCUGAGGACGACGCCUCACGGACCCGGAGAAAACCCAAGGCAGGGAAGAAGGGAGGCCGCAAGGAGGCCUCGGACGAGGAAGAGGAGGAUGACGAUGGAGGUGCGAGGAAAGGAGAGGGGGGAGGGGAGGAUGAUUCAGAUGAUGACGACUCGGUGGACGCGUCGCAGGCCGGAAAGAAAGGCAAGAAGAAGAAGAAGGGCAAAGCCAAGGCAGACAGUGAAGAAGAGGAAGAGGAGGAGGGAACCUUCAAGAUGAAGACGGCAGCUCAGAAGAAGGCAGAGAAGAAGGAGAGAGACCGCAAGAAGAAAGAGGAGGACAGGGCUAAGCUGAAGAAGCAGAAGGAGAAGGAGGAGGAGAAAGAGGGGAGUAUUGAGGUUGCAGCAGUGCCUAAGAAAGAGAAAGAGGUAGUGAAGAAGAGUGAGCCAGCGGUGGCCCCAGCAGCGGCCCCAACCCCAGCAGCAGCCCCAGCAGCAGCCCCAACCCCAGCAGCAGCCCCAGCAGCAGAGACGGAGGCAGCAGCAGAGAUUGAAGAUCAGGAAGGGGCUGAUCCUCAAGGAGAGGCUGCCGAUGAGGUGCUUGAAGCAAUUAAUGCUGCCGAUGCGGUGGUGGAAACAAUGAAUGAACCCAAUGAAGAGGAAGGGGGAGACAAGAAGGGCAAGAAAGACAAGAAGAAGAAGAAGGGGGACAAGGAGAAGGAGAAAGAGGAGAAGAAGAAGGGACCCAGCAAGGCCACAGUGAAGGCCAUGCAGGAGGCUCUGGCUCACAUGAAGGAGGAAGAGGAGCGCGCCAAGAAGGAGGAAGAAGAGAACCUGCGUCGCCUGGAAGAGCAGGAGGCUCAGAGACUGGAGCAGGAGCGUCUGGAACAGGAGCGCAAGGAGAAGAAGAAACAGAAGGAGAAAGAGAGGAAGGAGAGGCUGAAGAAGGAGGGCAAACUGCUGACCAAAGCCCAGAAAGAGGCCCGGGCCAGGGCUGAGGCCACACUUGAACUCCUGAAGGCCCAGGGUAUUGAAGUGCCAUCCAAAGACGACUCGGUGCCAAAGAAGAAGCCAGUGUACGGAGACAAGAGGAAAAAGAAGCCCCAACAAGCACAGACCCCUGAAGAGAUCUCAGAGGUCAUGUCACCCACGUCGGAGACGGCAGAGCCAAUCAUCUCACCGAUGGCGGUGGAAACUCCUGAAGUAGCAGCAGAGGUUGAGCAGAAAGCUGAGUCUGCAGUUGAUGACUGGGAGGCUAUCGCUGAGACCAUCGAUCAGGACAAAGAGCUGAAGACGGUCCACAUUGAGGUGAAGCCAGAGACGCCAAAUCAGCCCCAACAGAAACCCUCGUCACAGCCGGAGGAAGAGGAGGACGAUGAGGAAGAGGAAGACGAGGAAGAGGAUGACGAAGAGGAGGAGAGUGAGGAGGAGGAGGAGAAGGAGAGUCAGCCUCACACACCGCAGCAGGCCCCAGCCACUAAGAGGAAGGGAGGGAAGGAGAGCUCAGCGUCCAGUAGUGACAGCGACUCCGAUGACGAUCGCACUAAAGAGGAGCGGAUCUACAACAAGGCCAAGAAGCGUAUUGAGAAACGGCGAGCAGAGAACAUAAAGAACAUAAACCUGGACAAGCUCCGCUCCCCCGUCGUCUGUGUACUGGGCCACGUAGACACAGGCAAGACCAAGAUCCUGGACAAGCUGAGGCAUACACACGUACAGGACGGAGAGGCAGGAGGGAUCACCCAACAGAUCGGAGCCACUAACGUACCGCUGGAGGCCAUCGUAGAGCAGACCAAGAUGGUGAAGAACUUCAACAACGAGGCCAUUAAAAUCCCAGGAAUGCUGAUCAUCGACACCCCAGGCCACGAGUCUUUCAGUAACCUGAGGAACCGGGGCAGCUCUCUGUGUGACAUAGCCAUCCUGGUGGUGGACAUCAUGCACGGCCUGGAGCCUCAGACCCUGGAGUCCAUCAACCUGCUCAAGGAGAAGAAGUGUCCCUUCAUUGUAGCACUUAACAAGAUUGACCGUCUGUACGACUGGAAGAAGAGUCCGGACACAGACGUGGUGGCCACACUGAAGAAGCAGAAGAAGAACACCAAGGAUGAGUUUGACGAGAGGGCCAAAGCUGUCAUCGUGGAGUUCGCCCAGCAGGGUCUGAACGCAGCCCUCUUCCAUGAGAACAAGGACCCUAGGACCUUUGUGUCUCUGGUGCCCACGUCGGCCCACUCCGGGGACGGCAUGGGCAACCUGAUGCUGCUGGUGGAGCUCACCCAGACCAUGCUGGCACGACGCCUGGCACACUGCGACGAGCUCAGGGCGCAGGUCAUGGAGGUGAAAGCCCUGCCUGGUAUGGGCACCACUAUAGACGUGAUCCUGAUCAACGGGGUUCUCCGGGAGGGCAUGACCAUCAUCGUCCCGGGGUGGAGGGACCCAUCGUCACCCAGAUCAGGGGGCUGCUGCUGCCUCCACCCAUGAAGGAGCUCAGGGUCAAGAACCCGUAUGAGAAACAUAAGGAGGUGUGUACGGCCCAGGGAGUGAAGAUCCUGGGGAAAGACCUGGAGAAGACCCUGGCAGGGCUCC